AUGGUGUCUGGCGGGCCGCAGGGUCGUGACGUUCGGCUGUCGUCGCUGCCGGGGCCUCACCUGACCGUCCAGGCCAGCGAGCUGAGCGAUCAGACGACGCCUGCGCAGACCGGCAGGAUCCGACCGCCCGUGCGCAGACCUGCAGGAUCAGACCACGCCUGGGCAGACCAGCAGACGUACUCUCCGCCGCCCGUCUGCGCUACCCACUACGUGGCCCUGACGGCGGUCACGCCGUCGCUCAGCGGCGACCCGCUGGCGGUGCUCGGCGCCGGCGAGCUGGACUGCGUCUGCCACGGCGAGGCAAUCAAGGCUGUGCCGCAGACGCUGCCGCCGCCCGUCAGUCUCAUAACGCUGACUGGCACCGGCAUCCGUCAGAUCGAACGGGACGACUUCCUGCCGUACGCCCUCCAUCUCCGUGACAUUGUUCUCUCCAAGAAUGCCCACCUGCAGCGGAUACGCGCGCACGCUCUGCGCCGGCUGCCGCACCUUCUCAAUAUAUACGUCCAACACGCGCCCAGUCUGGAGUCUGUCAGCCCGCGAGCAUGGUACGACCUGCCGGCGCUCCGCUCGCUUGACCUGGACGGAAAUAGGAUCAAGUCACUACCAAGUAACAGCAUUAACAUUACCACCGAUCAGCUGUCUCUUGCGAACAGUCAACUGGAGUCCAUCUCAGACUGGGCGUUCAACGGGUCUCGCAUUGGGACACUGCAGCUGAAUGGAAACCUGCACCUGAAGCGCCUGGAUCGCCUGGCCUUCCGGGGUCUGGGAAGUCUCAGAACGCUCGAUCUGUCCGACACGGCGCUCCUGUCGCUGCCCACGGUCGGCCUGGAGGACAUCGAGAGGCUCCUGGUGAAGCGGACGCCGUCGCUGAUGACGUUCCCUUCCGUCUACCACUUCGGCUCGAUCGAGGAGGCGCACCUCACCUACCCGUACCACUGCUGCGCGUUCGACUUCCCCGCCAUCCAGGACCCCGAUCAGCAUCGCAAGUAUCAGGUCGGUGACACAGAAACGGCCGUCUGGGCCGACUCCUGA